CGCAAUUCAAGCGUUUACAAAUCUAAGAGGGCAAUACCUUGACUGAUACAACAACAUCAGUAGUAUUUAAGAACCCAUCAGGUCGAGUGAUUUCUCCCUCUCCAGGACCUCGAAGAAAAUCAAGAUUUCUAGGUUCGCCUGUCAGGAAAUUCUCUUUUGCUUUUCAUCUUAUCAUCGAUUUCAUCAUUAAUCUUCUUCACUAUGAAUCCCGAUCUUAUCGAAUAUCCGCUGGCAGACCCAUCUGUUAUCCUGUCGGUGUCGGAAGAUGCCUUCGCACCCAAGACCGGGUUGCAGGUUCCGGUCUCGCUAUACGUCGAGAAGUUUUCUUUAACCAAAGAUCUUCUCGUGGAAAAUGAUUAUAACGGAAAUGAAAACGAGACGACUGCGGUAAAUGAUAGCACGGAUACCACUGCAGCUGCCUUCAGGCUGUACACUCAUCAGAUCGAUGUUCCUAAAUCAUCGGAUGGCCGCAUCUCACUGGGAUUUACGGGCAAAGACGGCUCGUUAGAUCACCCGAAGGGUGCAUCCGGUGGGAGAAUUGAGCUGUAUGUGGAGAGUCUUCCACUGGAUACCGCGAGCAGGAUCGGCAUAAAAGUUACCGGUGGUCACGGAUGGGAUGGCAUCUCAACGGCGGAGGAUAAAGCCCCUUCCAAUGGUGGUGACGGAGGCAACGGUGGAAAUGUCACUGUGCUCUUAGGGCGGCUUCUAAGCCAGGCAAUCACCGCCUCAGACUCGUUGUUAACAGCGCUCAACAGCGAUGGCAGCGAAUGGCCAAUUGACUUCCGGGACUCCGUCCGCUCGUGGAUCAGUACGAUGAAUCAGGAAGAGGUCAAAAAUGUUUAUGCAUUGCCAUCCACCACGCAAGAUGCGAGCCAGGUCCUCAGUGGACCUAAAGCCGACUUCAAUCGGGAAUUGAUCAAGGCCUACCAGCAGCUUCUCACAAACGAAGACUCGGUGCUCUCCCAGGUGACUAAAAGUAUCAAUGUCGACGGAGGAACAUAUGGAGUCGGUGGGACAAGCGCCCAGGGCCAAGGGGAAAGCGGCAACAGUGGCUCCAGUGGCUCGCAUCACUCCUUUUUUAUAGACUCGACCUCGACAGUAACCGAUUCCACCGUAUGCUACCUGCAUCCUGUGGAAUGUCGAAUGCUUCUUGAUAAGGCAAAGGCUCUUCUGUUUCUCAACAACGACGACCAGAAAGCCAAGGCUUUGCAGUACCUCCAGCAGCUUCAGCAACGGCUUUGGUUCCUGGGAGACCCUUCUUGCCCUGAUGAUUUAUCCGAUACCAAUCUAGGACAGGCAUAUCGGAAGGCGGAGGAAUCUCUGGCGGUGGUUUCCGGGCCAGAGGCAGAGGAACCUGCAUCCAUACAGCAGCUCCGGUCAAUCUACAGCCAGGUUGACAAAACCAUCAAGAUGCUCGUUGCUCCCCAGGACACAUUCGGAACACAGAAUCUCAAAGUCCCCCGUGGAUCUUUUGCCUUUUAUCAAGAAUACGCAGCGAGAUUCCUUGACGACCUGAAAGAAAUUGAGGACACAUAUUUGGGGUAUCUCAAGGACGAUCUCUCAGUCGACCAGACAGCCAAAGCAAUUAAUCAAAGGGGUGCCAUGUGUGACGCCUCCAAAGAUCAGAUUGAAAAUUCGAUUGUGGCCGUGAAAUACGAUCUAACUACGAUAGACUCCAAGAUUGCAGUCGCUCAGGAGGAUAUGAGAAUAGCCGAGGCACGCUUGACAGAAAGUAUCGCCGACGUGGAAGACGCGAUAAGCGAUGCUUUUAAAUUCACCUUCGUUGACCUUCUCAAAGGAAUCACCCAGGUUGUCUCCAUGAAAGACGAUUUCACGUCCCUGCUGGGCACUAUCAACGACGGCACUAAAUGGGCCCAUGACCAUCUCUCGCAAAUCUCCAAAGACACCGGGCUCACCAUCAACAAGGCCUAUCUUCUGAACUCCGUCACCCAGAUUGAAGGUUCUAUCGAAAGCCUACAUGAAGGGUACACCAUCCUGGCCAACGGAAACGCUCAGUUCGAUGACCCGGGGUGUGCAAAGCUAGUGUUGCUGGAAUCUCAGCUCAACAGUCUCCUCGCAGAAUUUAGCGGUGCGCUCGGAGGCGACCUUCUCCGCGAAGUCAAAGAUCGUUUCGAUCGAUAUGUUGAAACUACACAAGCCCGCAAUUCAGCGGUCAUGGAUUACAGUGCCGAUGUCCAACUUCUCAUUAACAAUCUAGAAACUAUCGAGUCUCUGGAUAGUCAGAAAAAGGACAUAGUCCGUGACGAGUACAAUGUACUGGGGCUAGAACACCCAACCCUGACAGCGUUCAUGCGGACGCUGUACACCAACUCCCUUACCAGUGUCCAGCUCUGGUUGGAAAAGAUGCAGCAGGCCUAUGCUUUCGUCACACUGGAUGAAACGAACGUCAUUGGAAAUGCAAUGAAGGGGUUCGAAUUUUCCCAGUUCACGUACGGCAUGUUGAACUCCGUCCGCUCCGAUCUGGAUAACUACUAUGCUCAACGUAUCGAGUCUUGGGGCCAGUCAGUCCAGACACUCAAGGGUGUCACAUUUCCAGUGUCCAAUGUUCGCCAGGACAUGCAAAUCGUUACAAACAACAAGUCUACCAUCCAAGUAGCGAUCACGCCAGAAACCGUCAACCCAACAACGGGCGGGCUAAUCUUCGGAGAAGGAAGGGUUGAUAUCCGAUUGACGAAUGUUCGCUGCUUUAUCGAUGGCGCAAAGACCGACACUGGGUUUCUUGAUCUUAUCCUAGUGCAUACCGGUCAAGAGGCUAUCGUCGAUGAAGUGGGCACAACACAUAUGUUUGAUCACCAGCCUGUCACGAUAAACUUCCGCUAUGUGAUCCAGGAUAAGGAUCAUACUGGACCGGGAACGGUAGAUGGCGUUGUCAACACGGCUUCUGAUGACGACGAAUACGCCAUGGUUGGGCCAUUUGCUAAAUGGCAUAUUGUGAUCAAUCAAGCGAACAAUCCCGGGUUGGAUUUAUCAGAUGCCCAAGAUCCGUAUCUUGAGUUUGACAUCCAAUUUAGGGUACGAGCAUGAGAAAUUGUCGGCUUGUACCGGCUUUUUGUUAUUCCUUUUUUUUGGUUAUUAGGACUGAGGUUGAGGGACUACCAAAUUUGAGUUGCUUCGAAUUAUGACAUUGCGGUACAGUUGAAUAGGAAGGGUUAAGAGCUAGAAUAUCUUUUUCUUUCUGUGUUGCUGCGAUUUGUUAUUCAGUUGUAGACACGUCCGUAACCUGUAG